UUCAUUCAUUCAUUAUCAGAAAAAUAACAACAACGGUCUAAAAAUAGUUAAGAUCAGAUUAGUACUUACCCACUAUCUUCUAAACUCUUCAUCAUUUCAUUCUCCACCAUACCAAAAAAAUCAAAUACAAUUUUUUUUUUUUUUAAAAAAACCUUUACAAUAAAAUAUACAAGAAAAAGAAAAAAGCUCAGUGCUACACACACACCCCAUAAUCAAUCAACAAUCCAAUCCCUUUUUCUUUUCCUUUAAUUUUAUUAAUUAAUAUUAUUAUCCUAAGUUGUUGCAUGUUUCAGCAAUGAGAGUUGAAAAAAUAGCUUUUCAAUAAUCCAUUUUCCAAAAGGGUACCCAAAAAAAAAUGUCUUUUCAUCCGUAUUCCUUUUGAUUUCAGCUUAUCAACAAUGGCCGAUGAUCUCCCUACCUUCACAAAGGAUGUUUUACUUGUGAAGGGUUUGAAGAAUUCCACGUUGGUUUGGAGGUUGGUUGUGUUAGCAUUUGCAAUGGUUUGUGGUGUGUAUAUAUGUUCUAUUUGUUUGAAGCAAAUAAACACUGGUAACAAAAUUGGUUUUCUAGAUAUUAAGGUUGUUCAAAAGCCUUGUCCUGAACCUAAGAUUGAACCUUGGGAGAUUCCUUAUGUGCAUUAUCCGAAUCCCAAAACUUACAGCAGGGAGGAAUGCAGUUGCCACCCGGUGCGGUAUUUUACUAUUUUGUCGAUGCAGAGAUCGGGGAGUGGAUGGUUCGAGACUUUUUUAAAUAGUCAUCCGAACAUAAGCUCAAAUGGUGAAAUCUUUUCGGUUAAGGUUAGAAGGAGUAAUAUGACGACAAUAACAGAGACUUUGGACACAAUUUAUAAUCUAGAUUGGGUUAGUAGUGCUUCCAAAAACGAGUGCACGGCUGCAGUUGGCUUGAAAUGGAUGCUUAAUCAGGGACUGAUGCAGAAUCAUGAAGAUAUUGCUGAGUAUUUCAGGAUACACGGUGUUUCAGUCAUUUUUCUUUUCAGAAGGAAUCUUUUGCGUCGGAUGAUUUCUGUACUUGCAAAUGAAUAUGAUAGGAAUGCUAAGAUAUUAAAUGGCACUCACAAAUCUCAUGUUCAUUCACCCAAGGAGGCAGAAAUACUCGCAAAAUACAAGCCCACGCUCAAUUCAACAUUGUUGAUUGCAAAUUUGAAGCAAGUGAACGAUACCACCACGAAAGCUUUAGAAUAUUUCAAGAGCACAAGGCACAUAAUGCUAUACUAUGAAGACGUUGUAAAAAAUCGCACUAAAUUAAUGGACGUUCUGGAAUUUUUAAAGGUUCCUCAAAUGGAUUUAAAGAGUCGUCAGGUAAAGAUUCAUAAAGGAUCCUUAUCGAGUCAAGUUGAAAAUUGGAAUGAUGUGAGUAAAGCACUAACAGGCACGCAAUAUGAGAGUUUCAUCCAUGAAGAUUACCGUAGGUAAACUGAUGGGUAUGUACAUACCACGUUUUGCCUUUUCUUUUACCCCUUCAUACGCCGUUAGCAUUCUUCUAAUAUUUGCUCACAAGUCGCCACUAGAGUCGACAGGAAAGCCGCCCUGUUGAAAGUUUUGCCGGGCCGCCCUCACAUUUUUGUACUCAGUUUUUUGUUGUUAGUUUUUCUGCCAAUUCAAUUAAAUAUUUAAUUCAUUCUUUGUAACUUUUUUACUUCACUGUUUUUGUUGAACACUUGUAUUGAAACAAUCAAGAGAAUCCUCAAUUUCAAUUGCCAAAUUAUAUUAUGAUCAAGUUUUCCCUCCUUACAUGAUCUAUAAAUAGAUUGAGAAAGAUUUGAAUCUGCAGAUUUCAUAUAAA